AUGACCAGCCCGACUUGGGCUGCCCCGUGGGCCAUGGCCACAGCGGUCGUGGUGGCUGCGCUGGGCCUCGCCUCGCUCGCUUCGGCCAUGCCCAUGCAAGUGGAGCACUUGGAUGCCAGUGCGCAUCAAAUCAAGGUGGAUCUGGUUGAUGGCCACGGCGACCGAGAACACCGACAGCUUGUCAUUCAGCUGCCCGAUGUGAUGCCUGCGGACCAGGGCAAAAGCACGAGCAAGCAACAGGCCCAAGCUCAACCGCAGCGCCGUGAUGUUCAGGCGGAUGCGGCCACUGAUGGCCCCACCAUCCAUUCCAACACCCUCGAUGACCUGUAUGGCAAUGCCAUCCUGGCCUUUCCCAACAAUCAAAGCGAUCUUUUUGUGAUGGUGACCCAAUUCUAUUCGCUCGGCUCGGUGGUGGCAAGUCACGUAUACUUUUCGACCGACCUCGGUCGUAAUGUCACGCGUGCUCCCAAAUUCGAGGCCUUUGGAGCCAUCACCAACGUCUUUGUCAGCACCACCUCCCACAACACCAUCUUCUUCGAGCUGGAAGACAGCGAAGAGUUUUUGAUAACCGAUGACGGUGGCCAAUCCAUCCGUGCCUUUCUCAACGUGACGAACAGGGCCCUUCUUGACUCAACUGUUCAGUACGGCCGCAUUGGCUGGGCGCAGAACGGCAUGCUCUACAUUUCCUCAGACAUGGGUCUGACCUCGACCCUCAUCAACGACGAUGGUGAACUCAUUUACAUCUUUGGCAACGUCCAUCCUCAAACAGGCAACGUGCCCGAGUACCUUGCAUUUCUUGCUAUCGUGGAUAGUGAGGUUGUCGUCAUGACGUACGAUUAUGAAACGGGGACCCAAACUAACAUUGCGACGCAACUGACCCAUGACCUCACCAUUCUGACAUCAACAUUGAGCACGCCAGAAAACUUGAUCUACGUGUAUGUGCGCGACAGUAACCUCAACUAUGGCCUAGCUAUCAGCAUUGACGGCGGUGACUUGCACGCCGUCACGUUUGACAACAACCCAGGUAUCUCGGGCCUGCAGGUGCUCAGCUACGUCGACCAGGUUCUUCUUGUACGCGUCCAGGAUUUCGCGGGCAUCAACUACCUCUACGUCCUCGAUGUGGGAGGGAUGGAGGACGCCAGUGCACCCAUUGCGCGGCGCACUCUUGCCGGGCUGCGCUGUUCCAUUUCCACCUGCGACGUCGUCGGAUCUUACGCCGUGCGAGGUCUUUUCUUGGCCAACAUUGUCAGGAAUGGCAACUUCUAUACGUUUAAAACAGAGGAUUUUGGUGAAAAUUGGGAGAUUUUGUCUGUCGUGUCCGAAUCCUGUCCGGCCGGCUCCACUAGCGCGGCAUGUCGUCUGCACUUGCACAUGGCGGUUGGUACUGCCACCAUGGGCCUCAGCUUCUCCGCCACCCGAGGUUGGCUAGCGGUCCCCCACAUGAUGGUGGGUCUUGGCAACACUGGCACCACUCUGGCACCUGCAAGCCGGGCCACGGUUGCCGUCUUUAUUUCUAGCGAUGGCGGCCAAACAUUCAUCGAAGCAGCCGAGGAGAUCAAGCAGCCGCUGCCCGCUGAUUUUGGCGGUGUUCUGGCCCUGACCGACAUCUAUGACACCCAAUCUGCUGGCUCGACCACUUUUCAGUACAGCUUGGACGAGGGCGCCAACUUUACGACUGUUGCCUUCUCUGAUGCAGCCGUGCACGUGGUGGGCACGCUCGCGCACCAAGACAUGAGCACGCCCCUGAUCAUGAUGGUUGGCUACGAACGCACCCCUGCCAACAACGACUACCGCUGGCAAGUUCAUGUUCUUGACUUUACCCCAGUUUUCCCGCGUGUCUGCGCUGAUGCCGACUUUCAGCGCGUGCCUGUACGAGACGGCGUGAGCACCGCUUGCGUGGCCGGCGCCACCGAAUCUUUUGUCCGCCGCAAACCUGAGGCCAUUUGCUUGCAGUCCCGCGAGCACGAUGUCGACUUUCAGGCCAUUCCUUGCGAAUGCCAGCCUGCCGAUGUUUUGUGUGGAGAUCAUUUUGUCAACAAAAGCGGCGUCUGCGAGCCAACUGCUCAGGCCUGUGCAGCUCUGCCCUUGCCCAUCUACCAGCAUGCAGAGGGGAAUUCGUGUGAGGGGGGCCUUCUCGAUGAAAUGCUCACCAUUUGCACCGGCGUAUCCACGGCCGCCACGACCACGGUAUCCACCCUUGGACCGACUACCAACACCAUGUCCACUUCUACCCCCGUUACAGCCACCCCCUCCGCGUCCACGACUGCCUUGAGCUCUUCGUCUUUCGCGUCUGCUUCUGCGACUCAAGUAUCCACCACUACCACCACUACCACCACUACUACUACUACCACCACCACCACUACCACCACCAGUACCACGCCAUCAGGAAGUUCUACAAGCACGAUCAACGGGCAGAAUCCAAACGCCGACGCAUCUUUGAAUGAUGGCGGAAAUAGCAACAGUGGCUCGAAUCAGAGUACCCUCUAUGUUGUCAUUGGCGUCGUCCUAGGCCUGGCGUUUCUGGUGUUGUUGGUUGUGGCGUAUCGUCGUCGGGAACGCGACGACCCCGUCUAUGCCGCCAACUACGGGAACGUCACCGGCUUUGUCAACCCCAUGCACGACCUUGACAACCCACCCACAGGUCCAGCUGUUGGGAUGGGCUCUCGCACAGUGCAAGCCAACCCCAUCUACGAUAAUGCUCAACAACAAGCAAUGCAUGGCAAGCCCAUCACCAACGCUGGCUACAUGGACGUCGCGGGCUCUUGGGAUAAGUCGGGCGAGUAUGUCGCUUUUGCCAACGACCUUGGUGAGGAAGACGGAGCCUACAUGAAGGUUGGCACCCCACACGAUGCCGACGACGUUGACGGCGCUUAUGCUAUGGUGACCCCGGGUGUUGGCUUGCCUGGGGCGCUUGACUCGUUUGACGACGAUGACGACAACGAUGCAGGCUACAUGCAUGUGACCAAUGAAGAUGAGGGAGAGGACGAUGGUCUCUAUGCGGACGCUCGCAUCACCAAGUAGCUGACCCAGGUCUUUUUCUAUUGAUGUGCGCCCUUGUGUAUUAUAAUAUUAAGAUAACCUCGGUGUCUUGACGUUCUGACCUCUUCGUCUAUAAAUUGUCGUUGUUGUUGUUGUUGUGCAUGUGUGUGUGUGUGUGUGUGCGUGCGCGCGCGCGUGUGUUGCAAGUGGCCAUAAACACAACUCUCUUUUGAUGCCCAUAACAACUUUCAUGUGAACGUACAUCCUGAUGAUGUUCAAAAUGAAUCAAGUCUUUUUU